AUGCCGACUGCCUCGCUUCCCUUGUUGGGGUUAUGCCAAGAUAUGACGUUAUUUGUUAUGGUGAUGAUUACCGCUUUACUUGUCGCCAUUGGUGGGACAGAGGCACUCGUUGUCCAGCGAGACGGUGGGUUCUCCAGUGGACAACCCAUAGAUGGGAAGGGCGGCACCAAUCACGAACUCGAUAUCCAAAAACCCGAUAACCUUGGCCAACAGAGCACCGACAAUGGUGUAGUGCCAAACCUGAAAUGGAGCUUUUCGGAUUCCAGGACGAGGAUCUUGAAAGGGGGCUGGGUUCGAGAAUCUGUCAUCACAGAUCUCCCGUCCAGCCACGACAUUUCUGCAGCUCAACAGCACCUUACCAAGGGCUCAAUUCGUGAGCUACACUGGCAUCGCGUUGCCGAGUGGGGAUACGUGUACGCUGGGGCGAUUCUGGUCUCGGCUGUUGACGAAAACGGAAAGUUUCAAGUAGCCCGCCUCGAAGUUGGCGACAUUUGGUAUUUCCCGAAAGGUGAAGCUCACACCGUUCAGGGCCUCGAGAAUGAAAAUGAGUAUCUCCUGGUAUUCGACGACGGCAACUUUGAUGCAACUGGGACCACAUUCAGCGUAGAUGACUGGAUCUCUCACACGCCGAAACAUAUUCUAGCCAAGAACUUCGGACUAGACGAGUCCGUCUUUGAAACUGUCCCAUCACCGAAUCCCUACAUCACAAAUGCAACCAUCGACACCCACAGCGUGACCGGACCUAAUGGUGAGCUUUCUGGGAACAACUCAUACGUCUACUUUGCCAAGGACCAUCCGCUCGAAGAGGUCCCAGGAGGAGGAGGUACCCUGCGGAUCGUCGACUCGAACACAUUUCCAAUUUCAACGACGAUUGCUGCCACCAUUGUGACCCUAAAUCCAAAAGGUCUGAGAGAACUACAUUGGCAUCCGAAUGCAGAGGAAUGGCUAUACUUCCACCAAGGUCAAGCCCGAGAGACGGUAUUCAUUGGCGACGCCAAAGCCCGUACCUUUGACUUCCGUGCUGGUGAUACGGGUGUGUUUCCGGAUAACAGUGGUCAUUAUAUCGAGAAUAUCGGAGCUGAAGAUCUGAUUUGGAUCGAGAUAUACAAAAGUGACAGAGCCAAGGAUGUCUCGCUUACGCAGUGGCUCGCCUUAACGCCAGCUGACAUUGUGGCUAAUGUUCUCAAGAUUCCCCUUGAGACUGCGGAGGGGCUCAAAAAGGUGAAGCAGUUGCUCGUUAAGGGAAAUUAG